AUGAUUUCCGUAAUAACAAACAAAUGGCUUAGUGACGAGACCGCCGAAGAGGAAGAACUUUAUAAUCACUCCAGGGAAAUGGAAACCGUCUGUUUUGCAAUAACGAAAGUGAUAUCGGAAUGUGACAACAAAUGGAUGGCAAACACUGUUGACAAAGACACAACGUAUUCAUUUGGCAAUCGUAGAUAUAUAUUGGAAUUAGUCAAUUUACAGGUGCUAGAACAAAUUAUUGAAUACAUAUCUAAAUUAGUGAAAUCGUUUUAUAAGUUGAAUCCUAAAUUUGCAAGAUUAAAAAAAGAUAAUGACUUGGUAUUAAGUAAACAUGAUCAUAUUUUUGAUAAAUUAUGUAGCUGGAGAUUUACAAUGUUACAAUCAAUGCAUAGCCUUAUAACAACAAUAUUAAAUACCUGUCUUCAUAGAGAGGAUUCGCGAAAAGUCCUCGAAUCAUGCUUGCGACUAGUAGAAUUAUAUAAUAACUUGAUUGGUCUAAGCUAUAAAAGGUUUACAUCUAAAUUUAAUAACUGCAGUAACACUUACCCGAAUGCUAUAAGCGCUACAAAACCAAUAACUUUAACAAAAAUUGUUCAGCUCCUAUCAAAGAGUCGUGCAGAAAACAAUUGCCACCGUUUGAUAAACUGUUUGAUUAAGAUGUACCAACCCGGAGCAAAUCCCGAUAACGAAUCCAGUUCCAGUACUGCAGAUAGCUUAGAAAUUUACCAUACGCUAACGAGGCAUAUAACACCACCUACAUCAACUGCUUCUCGACAAGUUAGCAUUAUACAGAAACAAGAGGCCUUCAUCGAGAAUAGAAAAUGUAAGAUGAAACAAGCCCAAAGUCUGAUAGAGAAGAGAAAUGGCCAUAGAAAAUUGAGUGAGGUGUUAAGUUAUUCUGAUGGUGACGUGCCGUACAAUUCGCUUCUUAUAAAUGAUGGUGUUAUGGAAACGGUAUUCAGAAAUGAAGAAAAUGUAAACAGCAUUUUACAAAGCGAAGAAAUGUACAUAGAAGUAUUAUUGGAUACCGUCGCUAACAUUGCCCCUGCAUUACUAGGACCUAACGGUGUCAAAAAACUUAAAACAGGACGGAUACAAGUCAGCAAGAAGGCCGCCCACAAAGUAACCGAAUAUUACCAGAACAUAUUGUGGGGAGAUGUAGGCAGUUGUCUGGAGCAUAUCGUUCUCUGGUGGUCAUCUUUCCCUUUGGGCACUAGAUCUCCGAAUAUCAGCCAAAAUCUUCGACAAUGGCUUUUCACAACUUUUAACGAUAACAAUACUCCAGAGUUGAUACUAUCCGCUUUAAGAAUACUAGCCGAUGCUCUGGGAUGCCAUGUGACCUCUACAUCUUGGGAUAGGCAUUUCGGAGCAACAUUGUCAACUAAUUUAAAAAUGACGUCUUUGAAAAUAUACCCAGAAUUAUCAGUUUUUAUAACGGAAAGUACAAAAUCAGGGGCGAACUUUGCCUUAAUGCUGCAAGAACUGGUAACUCUUAACAAUCAAUGUGAAGUCACCUGGGAUUACAUAUUAGGCGCUCCAUUAGAAGAUUUGCCGAUCGUUGAACAGAUACCAAUUUUACAUCGCCUUGAUCAUUCAAUACAUACUUUUCGGCUGUGGUGUUUGUCGGAAACCCGCCGUCUAGCUAACAUGUGGGAGAUGGAUGAUUUUUUUCGUAUUACUCACAAAGAUAUGCAAAUAUGUAUGGAGCAAUUAGCAAACUUGCGCUUUGCUGAUCACACAUCCUCAAUUGAAUUAGAAAACAUUGGUGUUCAUGAGAAAGUAAGUGCCAACAUGAGGGAGAAAUUGGUGUCCGAGGUCAAAGUCAACAUACAAAAACUGAAGGAUGCAACAGAGGAGAUAACGGAAGUGCUGUCUGCAGUGUGUGCAACUACGAGUUUAGCGCAUUUGACCAUGAUAUUUCCAAGCAACGCGGAAUGGCGACGGAUCACUCAACCACCACAACCAGAUAACUCAAUUUACGUGCAAGAGUUUUUAGAUAAAAUGCUGCUGCCAGUUAUAAAAGCAACGGAUGAUACAAUCGCUUUAAACAUGAUAUUGAGAAUCAUGUGCGAAUCAUGGCUGCAUCAUAUAUACGUCGCUAAAGUGAAGUUUACUAAAGAUGCAGCGAUGCAACUUUUGACCGAUUUCAACGAAGUACGGAAUUGGCUUAAUGAUUGCAGGGAACUCAGCAACGGCACUAGGAAACAAAUGUUACAGAAUGAAGUUUUGAGGCGUUGCGAAGGGGUGGGCAGGCUCUUGCUUCAUGCUCCCGGAGAUUUGAUAUCCAUGCAAGAGUCAACGACGCAGUCUGCGAAAUACGUGCGCAAGGAUGAAAACGACUCAGCGGAACAACUGAUGCCUGCAGAAAUGUACGUGCCCAACCAAAAGCAAUGGUUAACUCUCCGAGCGAAGAACCUAAAGGGGCCGCUUGCUUUUACGCUGUGUUGC